AUGAACCCGGAUUUGAAGAGGGAGCGAAAGGGCGCUUCGUUCGAUGCGACGGCCACGCGUGAACGCUUCCAGAAGCUGGUUGCCGAUGAGCCCGUGUUCGCCAACGAUGACAAGUACUUCCUCUCGCGCGUCCAGAACUACGAGCGAGUGCUGCAGAAGGUGGUGAGGGGCAUUCAGAUGUGCAUCGAGCACAACAUUACGCCCGAGGAUGCCGAGUAUCUCUUCCACUUCAUCGGCGAGGAGUUCAUGGUCGCGCUGCACUGGAGCAUGUUCAUCCCCACCCUCCAAGGCCAGGCCACCAACGACCAGAAGCUGCAAUGGCUGCCUUUGGCGCAGACGUUCCAGAUCAUCGGCUGCUACGCCCAGACCGAGAUGGGACACGGCAGCAACGUGCGCGGCCUCGAGACCACCGCCACCUACGACAAGGCCACCCAGGAGUUUGUCCUCCACAGCCCCACCCUCACCAGCACCAAGUGGUGGCCCGGCGGACUGGGCAAGACGUCGACGCACUGCGUGACGCACGCGCGUCUGCUGGUGGAGGGCAAGGACCACGGCGUGGCCACCUUCAUCGUGCAGAUCCGCAGCACCGACGACCACGCGCCCAUGCCCGGCGUCACCGUGGGCGACAUCGGCCCCAAGUUUGGCUACGACACCCAGGACAACGGCUUCCUCCGCUUCGACCACGUGCGAAUCCCGCGCGACCAGAUGCUCAUGAAGUACAAGCAGGUGAGCCCCGAGGGCGUGGUGACCGAGGCCCCGAAGAAGCUGUCGAAGCUGAGCUACGGCACCAUGAUGUACAUCCGCUCGCGCAUCGUCGGCGGCGCCUCGAGCACCCUCGCCCGCGCGUGCACCAUCGCCGUCCGCUACUCGGCCGUCCGUCGCCAGUUCUCCGACGCCGACAAUGAGCCGGAGAAGCAGGUGUUGGACUACCGCAUGCAGCAGUACCGUCUGCUGCCGCUGCUGGCGACGGCCUACGCGUUCCACUUCACGGGCCGCUACAUGCGCAACAUCUACGACGAGCUCAUGCGCAACAUCCAGUCCGACGACGUCUCCGCCCUCCCCGAGGUGCACGCGACGAGCGCAGGUUUGAAGGCGGUGACGACGUGGAUGACGGCGGACGGCAUCGAGGAGUGCCGCAAGUGUUGCGGCGGCCACGGCUACUCCAAGUUCGCCGGCAUCUCCGACAUCUAUGUCAACUAUGUGCCCGCGUGCACGUACGAGGGCGACAACGUGGUGAUGUGCCUCCAGACGGCGCGCUACCUGGUCAAGACCGCCCGUGGCGCCGCCAAGGGCGAGCCCCUCGUGGGCAGCGUGCAGUGCCCGGCCCAGAAGGUGGCCGACUUCCUGUGCCCCAGGACCUGGGUCGACGCCUUCGCCCUCCGCGCCCGCUUCUGCGUCUUCGAGACCGUCAAGAAGCUCGACGCCCUGAAGGGCCGUGGCCUGAACGACAAGCAGGUGUGGAACGAAGCCCAGAUCGACCUCGUCAAGAUGACGAAGGCGCACUGCUACUACACGAUCGUGAGGAACUUCGCGAACGCGGUGGAGAAGGUGGAGGACAAGCAGCUCCAGGCGGUGCUGCACAAGCUGUGCAUGCUCUUCGCCCUCUACCAGGUCCAGCGCGACCUCGGCGACUUCACCUGCUCCGGCUACCUCGCCCAGGAGCAGGUGCCGCUCCUGAACGAAGCCGUGGAGGUGCUCCUGUCGGAGCUCCGCAAGGACGCCGUCCCGCUGGUCGACAGCUUCGACUUCUCCGACCACUUCCUCAACAGCUCCCUCGGCCGCUACAACGGUGACGUGUACGAGCACAUGUACAAGUGGGCGCAGAAGGAGCCGCUCAACCAGGCGCCCUACGCGACCCAGCCGCCCGGCUACGAGAAGUACCUCAAGCGCCUCCUCAACGGCGAGGUGCUGCAGGAGGCCAUCCAGAACAAGAUGACGAAGGCCAACCUUUAA